CCGAAGAAGAAAAAAAUCCGGACGACGCCAAAUGUUAGCGGGAAAUAAUCCUUUUUACCGCUAGUGCCAAGUCCUGAUCCUUCGCCAUGAACUCGCAGGUGAUGUACCACAAUGUGCCCACGCCGCCCGGCAACGUUUCCCUGGCGGCCGCCGCUCCCGACGGCGGUUUGCUGUACGCCGGCGUUCGCUGCAUCAACUACAUAUCCGCACCGCCGGCAAACGGCGAACAGCCCCAAGUGGUGACCAUGUCGACGCGCAUCAACAUCCUGGCCCUGGACGUGAGUCCCAUGUGGGGCAGUGGGAACGGUGGUCCAACGAAGCCCUUUGCCAUCGUUGGCGACGAUCUGAGCGUUCAGGUCUGGGACUGCGGACUGGGAGAGGCCGUCAUCGGGCACAAGGCCCAUCAGCAUCAGCACGAGGCGAGGGAUGUGCGCGUGGUGCACCACACCACCAACUCGGUGCUGAUGAGCUACCUGGCCAACGGCAACAUACUCUCGUUGGACGCCAGCGACCUGGUCAUCUACUGCGUGGCCUCCAACAGCUACUGUCGCCGCCCCACUUUCAUCUCGCCCCGCAACCAUCAGCUCACCAUGGUGCGCUGCUCCCCCUACAACGCCAACCAGUUCGCCGUGGGCACUGCCAUGGGCAAUGUGCUGGUCUGCGACCUGCGUAAGAUGAACAUCGUCUACAAGUUCCACGGCCACAAGGCGCCCGUCUGCGGAUUGGCAUGGCGGGAGGUGCCUGCUCCCCGGGAGGAGGAGCAGCUCAACGAUCUGACUUCGCGGGCCGAACAGUGGCGAAGCCGCAAUGGCGACCAGGAGAAGCCCAAGGCGAAGCCGCCACCGCUGUCCAAAUCCAGGGCAGCCGAAUCGGACGACUUGUUCGACAUCUACAACUUUGAUCACCUGGAGUGCGAGUUUGGCGCUCCUGUCGCUGCGCGACGCCGAUCCUCCGAAGAUUGCGGUGGUGGCUUUGUCGGCCUGGAGAAGCCAGCCGGUGCUGCUGCCUUGGAUUUCGUUGAAGCCUGCGAGAGUAUGAAGGCGGAUCUGUUGGCCACCCGUCAGGAGGCGGAAAACAUCCAGCACGUGGAGGUCACUCUGAAUGACUGCGAGCCCACGAAGCCCAAGGGACCGUUGAGUGAUGCCAGCACGAGUAGCAACAAGCACGAUGCCAGCGAUUCCACCGAAGGCAGUCUGGAGGUCAUUCAGUACAGCUCGUCCAGCGACGAUGCCGUGAUCGUCGAUGGCGAGGCAGCCAAGCCAAAGAGAGAAGUCCUGCAUCACAUCUACCACCAGGCUGAGGUGCAUGCGUCGGGGAAUCCGCAGGCCAAGUCGGAGCCCCAGAGCAAUCUUCAAACGGUGCCAGCCGUCAGCACGGAGACCAUCAGCUCGACCUCGGCAAAUAACACUCGCUUGGACAGCUUGCUAGUUUCGAUUGACGGCGAUGAGGUGAUGAUGAUUUGGAAUGCCAAUACAGGAGCACACGCUGGCAAGAACUACAGCAGGAGCAAGGCGGCAGGCAAGCUAAACAACGUUUACUGGCUGAACGACCAGGUGAUUGUUUCCCUGAGUCGCCACCAGUUGUUCUUCUGGUCUCUAGAGUUCGAGCGGAAGAUGCUUCGCUACAAGAUCAGCAAGGACAAGGCACACAGUUGCCACUUGCAGGACAUUGUGUCGUUUUCCUGCGACUCUGAGAAAGAGAUGAUAUGGUUGUGCAGAAACAAUCGUCAGAUUGGAAUGAUGAAUCCAAGGAAGGGCCAAGUGAGUGCCUUCUACGGCACAGUGGCGUUCGGAGUGCGAGCAAUGGCCGAGUGUCCGGAUGAUAUGAACAAAAUCGCUUUGGGUUGCUCGGACCGCCGCGUGGCCUUCUUUGAUAUAUCGAAGCUCUCGACCAGCUGCCUGCCCAUCGAUAGCGUCUAUGUGGCCAGUAAUGUCUACUCCCUGGCCUGGAGUCCCAACUGCUUGGAGCUGGCCUUUGGCACCUUCGACGGAACAGUUGGCAUCCUUGAUGUGGAGCGCAUGAAGGUCAAGACGCACUUGCGGACGCCCCACAAGAAGGAAGUCUACUCGCUGGUGUGGCAGGACAACUGUAUCUACUUCAUUGUGAAUCGCGUGUUUGGGUUUUUCGACUUGAGCAAAUCGAAAACUGAGCCCGUAAUUGUGAAUUGCAUCUCGCGGCCCAGUUACCUCAGCGUUCGUGGAAACUUCCUUUUCGUGGGCACCGAUGAUGGUCUAUUGCAGCUGCACGAACGAGAUUCGGGAAUGGGCAAGUCCUGGACUCCGUUUAUCCGCCAGUCAGCUUUGCUGGCUCGCUAUGUGACCGAUAUAGCUUGGUGCCCCUUGGACAGCAAUAAGUUUGGAGUGGCGGGCAACGACAAGUCCGUGUAUGUGAUGGAGUUCCAGCCUGCGGAGCGCAACUGGAAAACGAUGCACACUUUCAGGGCAAGCGCAGAGAAGGCUUCGAUUACCUCGCUCAAGUGGAGUCAUAGCCAGAAGCAUCUGCUCCUCACGUUCCACAUCGAGGGAAAGGUGUGCCUGUGGAACUGCAACGAGCCAGAGAAGCCACCACUGACCAUUGUCUACCACUGCCCCAUGUGGUGUGGAAUGUUUUUGCCCACCAACGAGAAUAUCAUCAUGUGCUCGGGAAAGGCACUCUCUGUGGAGCUAAUCGACAUCAAGGCUGGCGAUGAGCAAAGCAUCUGCCCCAAAGUGGAUGCCCUACUGAACGUUAAGUGGGCUAGCAAAUCCCUGACGCAGCCCUUCGCUCCCGUACUCACAGCGGCUGAUAAGAAGCGACAGCGACGCGACCAGCGGAAAAUGGCAGCCAAACUACAAGCCGAGACAGCUAACGAGCAUCAGAAGAAAGUCUCCGAAUCGGAAACUCCUGUUAAUGAAAACUCUGUUAAGGAUAUACCUGUGAACGAGACUCCUGUGGAGGAAAUGCUGGGAGCUCUCAGCUUGGACAAGAAGUCCCAGAAAGUAAACACAAAGGAGUGCAUAAAGUGCAAGGAAUUAGAAGCUGGUCAACCGCCCGACAGUUUCUUGACACAUAGCCGCACCUGCCUCUACCUCACCCAGAAGGAGCUCAACAAGAGCGCCCUGGAGAAGUUGGCCAUUGUUCUCACCGAGGACGCGGCCAAGAUCGACAAGUCAGUGCUCAUGUCGAAGCUUUUUAGUACCAAAGUGAUGGCCAAGGAGCUCAUUGCCACAGAGUUAACCAAUUUGAAGCACUCAAACACAAAAGACAUAGCCCCACUUUGUCUGGCCAUAUCCACGUUCAAGUUGCGCGAGGAGCUGGAGCAGCACAUGGCCAACAAGACGCUUACCGAAUGGCAUCUCUCGGUAGCCCCUUCAGUGUCCUUUACGCUCUGGCAGGACUGUUGCCGCGCCUAUGCCAAGCAAAUGGAGGAAAAGGGCUUUGUCAUGCACGCAGCCACGUAUCUCUUUAGCCUGGGAAUGCAGUCAGAAGCCAUCAAUCUGUUUCUGGCCAACGAGUACUACAAAGAGGCCCUGGUUCAUGCGCGCAUCUGCUUGCCAGCGACGGAUCCUUUGAUCAAGACCAUAAUUAACAAGUGGCUCGAGCAACUCGAGGGAACGGGCAACUUUGCAGCAGCAGCUUUGAUAUGCGUACUGGACAACGAAAUGCUGCGCGGCUACUCUUAUUUAAGGAAGUUUCGCAACUGCACUCCCGAAAUCGCCGAACUGAUGGACCAAAUCAAACGGAUUGGCCAGCUGGGCGGAGUGCUAGAUGGUUGUGCCCCCAUUGAGCCCAUACACAAUGGCUCCACUGCCGAACAUUAAGCCUUAAUUAAUCUCGUUGAUUUAAGCAUUAGUUUUUAGUCUGAAACAGGCUGUAUUUAGAGUACUCGUUCGAAAAUCGCCCCGAUACAAUCAUGAAGCUAUUAUCUAUUAGCUAGGCAUUUAAAAAUGUUCAUCCAUGGAUUUAACUAAUUUUCAUACCUAGAUAGCCAGAGACUGAGUGGAAUUGAAACUGUUUUAAGUUGCCUUCGGCAUACCAUUUAUUUUAAUUUAAUUUACCCUAAAGAAAGGAGGAAAACACGAUAUAUAUAUCAAUGGCACAAUAGCUAGUAAAGAAACACACACAAAUUGAAUUUUGAAUAAACGAAAAC